AUGCAGAGAAAGAACUUCACAGAAGUGACAGAAUUCAUCUUCUUGGGAUUCUCUAGCUUUGGAAAACAUCAGAUAACUCUCUUUGUGGUUUUCCUAACCAUCUACAUUUUAACCCUGGCUGGUAACAUCAUCAUCGUGACUAUCAUCCGCAUUGAUCGCCACCUCCACACUCCCAUGUACUUCUUCCUGAGCAUGUUGGCUAGCUCAGAGACCGUGUACACACUGGUCAUUGUCCCGCGCAUGCUGUCCAGCCUCAUUUUUCACAACCAGCCCAUCUCCUUGUCAGGCUGUGCAACCCAAAUGUUCCUUUUUGUCAUCUUGGCCACUAACAAUUGCUUCCUGCUCACGGCGAUGGGCUAUGACCGCUAUGUGGCCAUCUGCAAGCCCCUGAGGUACACGGUCAUCAUGAACAAAGGGAUGUGUGCCGGGUUGGUGUGUGGAUCCUUUGGCACAGGUGUAGUUAUGGCAGUUUUCCAUGUGACAGCCAUGUUCCAGCUACCCUUCUGUGGCACAGUGGUGGAUCACUUCUUCUGUGACAUUUACCCCGUCAUGAAACUUUCUUGUGUUGAUACCACUAUCAAUGAGAUAAUCAAUUAUGGUGUCAGUUCAUUUGUGAUUUUUGUGCCCAUAGGCCUGAUCACCAUCUCCUAUGUUCUCAUUAUCUCCUCCAUCCUUAAAAUUGCUUCAGCUGAGGGCCGAAAGAAGACCUUUGCCACCUGCGCCUCCCACCUCACAGUGGUCAUCGUCCACUAUGGCUGCGCCUCCAUUGCCUACCUCAAGCCCAAGUCAGAAAGCUCAAUAGAAAAAGACCUCCUCCUCUCUGUGACCUACACCAUCAUCACUCCUCUGCUAAACCCUGUUGUUUACAGCCUGAGGAACAAGGAGGUCAAGGAUGCCCUGCACAGAGCUGUGGGCAGAAACGGUUCUUAACAGAUUGAAUUAUUUUGUCGGGAGAUCUUUAUUUAGCCUAGUGCCAUGUGUGUCUGCUCACAAAGUCACAAUACUCAAAUUUAUCAAAUACAAUGUUGAGAACAAUGUCAGAGAGUAGUAAAGCUUUUCUUUUUCACGUUCUAGGAAGGCAGGAUUUCUGCUCUUGAUA